AUGAGUCGUGCUAAACGUGUCCUUUUCAGUGUAGGCAGUAACUGGCAACAGCAGUACUUCGGAGUUUUGGUGCUGUUUCUGCAAAGUUCAAUGGAGCAAAAUUUUGUUGAAGACGGAGUUCCAAAGUUUCAAAUGCUUCCUGCUUAUGAGGAUGACCAUGAGGGAGUCAUAGUGGAUAUGAAGGAGCCUAUGGACCCCAACGUUUUUCAGGCAAUGCUUAAAGCUUCUCUUUCCCAGUGGAAGCUAGAGGGAAAGAAGGGUGCUUGGAUCAAACUACCAAUUGGACUUGCUAAUCUUGUUGAAAUUGCAGUCAAGGAAGGAUUUUGGUAUCAUCAUGCAGAGCCUCAGUACUUGAUGCUUGCAUACUGGAUUCCUGAUACUACGAGCGCUAUCCCUGCAAAUGCUUCACACCAAAUCCGCAUUGGUGCUAUUGUCAUGAAUGAUAAAAGAGAGUUGCUAGUUGUACGGGAAAAGCUUGGCAGAUAUUGGGGAACAGGUAUUUGGAAGAUCCCUACUGGUAUUCUUGAAGAGGGAGAGGAUAUAUUCACAGGUGCAACAAGAGAAGUAAAAGAAGAAACAGGAAUCAAUACGGAAUUUGUUGAUGUGAUAGCAUUCAGGCAGAUGCACAGGUGCUUCUUUGGCAAGUCGGACUUGAUCUUUUUGUGCACGCUGCAACCACUAUCCUUUGACAUCCAUAAGCAAGACUCGGAAAUUGAGGAAGCCCAGUGGAUGCCUUUUGAGGAAUACGCGGAUCAACCUGUUGUCGGAAAUCACUUUCUUUUCAAGCAUGUUAAGGAUACAUGUUUAGCAAAGAUCGAGAGGGGAUAUGCCGGAUGGACUCCAUCGCCCAUAACUUCCUUAUUCGAUGAUCAUAUAAGCUAUCUUUACAUGAACAACGAGGAUCUGAAGCCAUAG